GGCCCGGGCUGGCUCUCGGCGGCCCUGCACUCGGUGUGACGAACACUGUAGGUCGUUGAGCCGGGGAGGAGGUGUACCUCUCUAACGUUCGAAUGAACACUAUCCAAGCAUGGUCAGUGAAGCAGAAACGUGUCUGCCUCAGAGGCUCGACAUGUUUAACCUUCAAGGACAAGCCGUGCGCGCGACAACAGCGCAACAGACGACAGCACGCAGGUGUGCGUGACCCAUAUUCAAUGACCCAUAUUCAAUAGUGUAUCCAGAGACCGUCCUGUCAAAUACAAUGCAACUCUGUUACUAGGCAGUGUAUGUUGACAAAACGACGGACUUUCGCAACACCACUCCGUUGACGAAGAUUUCAUUUCGGCAAAGAAGAUAGAGGCAUCCGUCUGCUGUCGACUGCGUGCUGGGCGGCUGUUGGCAGACUCUCAACGAAAGAGACCACGGACGUAUAUCUCCACCUAAGACGGGCUUGUUUUCUUUGCUGAAAGAACACACAGAUCAGCAAUCAAGUCGCUCCCGAGUGUAGCUGCGUGCCUGCCUACUCGUCGGCCAGCGCGUCACGCAAGUCUCAGCGACGCCUGCGACCGGCAACUGCUUCAACCCAGGACGAGCGAUUUCGACAGAGGUGGACAUGUUCGCGGCCAAGAUUUUUUAUGAAAGAAAAACGAACCAAGUGAAUUACUGCCCACCUGGUUAGUUAACCUGCGGUGUAGAGGACCUUGACUUUGUGGUAGCGAGACGAACGCAGCGCACGAGGAGCGGAAGUUGCACUCGUCCGACUGAAUCUCUCGUUGGAGCCGAGAUUGGCGAGGGUGGCCACUGGCUGACGUGUACAAGAGUCUGAGAGUCAGUAAACCUCGCAAGAUGUCGUCAGGGAGUAGCGACAACCGGUCGAUUCCAGCGGAGCUUCUGCAGGAGCUGGAUGGUCGCGUGGGAGCGGUCAUGGUGGUCUUCUGGAUGUUAUUUUUUAUUGCACUCAAUUUCGUUUUCUUCUGGCUAGGCAAGUCGGUGACAUCAUUGCGGCCUCUGUCGGAUAAACGAUGCCGAAAUUUGGCCGUGUCCUGGGUCCACGCUUGUAUCAGCACCUUCGGCUGCGGCUACAGUUACGUCAUGUACGGACAGUAUCUGGACAACCUGGGUGACCUCGUCGACGUCAGACCAUACCCUUCCUACUUGUUUGUUGCUAUUUCUUUUGCCUAUUUUAUCUUCGAUAUGUUGGAACACAAAUGGCAUGGGACAGUUCUGGAAAGCUGGGAAGUGAUGGCACAUCAUGUUGCGGUGCUUACCACCUUCGGUUACAACCUGUGGUAUCAGACGUGCAUCGCCUUCUCUGAGGUGGCGCUGCUGACGGAGGUCAACUCUGUCUUCCUGCACGCCCGCAAACUGAUGCAGAUGUUCCGCGUACCCUUCUCUCACUGGCUGUACCGUAUCAUCGUCGUUAUUAACCUCGUCACUUUCGUCGUCUUUCGGGGACUGGGACUGUCGUUGAUUGUUGUGGGGGUCAUCAAGUACAAACACAAGAUCUCGACGUACUACGUGUUCGGGCUGGCCUCGUCCAUGACGAUCAUGAUAGCGAUAAACCCCGUGCUUUUCUGGCGCUUGCUGAAAAGUGAUGUGUUGAGAGCCUUCAACAAGCACGCACGUAAAUCCCCUCAGAAGGAAGCAGGGAAAGACAAGCGAGAUCUGACAGCAGUGAAUGGAGUUAAUGCCCAUGCAAUGCUCAAUGACCAUGUACGAAUGACAUCUCAGAACGAAGGGUUCAGAAAAAGAGACAAAACUGCGUAAGCAGGCGGUCAGUGGAUGUCGGACGAAAAACACUGUCGCAGGUGGAAAUUAUUUAACACAGACAUAAAGUUCACUGAACCUGUUUACUUCAGCCAUUGCUGACGCUGAAUAAUAAAGGGGACUGAUUGUAGAGAAUAGUGACCUUGAUAAUUCCCUAACGGUAACAUGUAGAAGGAAUGUUGGGUCUGUUCUUCAUGUAAUACAACUUUCCAUAGUCACAUAGAAUAUAGAAUUUUCUUGACCAUUCACAGUUCUGGCACGUUUUGCUGUGACAAGGACAGCUGUGGAAAACGAGAAAAAUACCACAAACCCACAUAUGUGCCUUUAAAAAUGCUGUUGCUGGUCCGUCGCACUAAUUCUGUCCAAACAGUGUGCUUGUCACAGCCAACUCAGCUAGGGUGUAUAUGGUGAAGAAAGUCACAUAACCUUACAGUUAGAACACUACUGUGCCUUCUGAAGAUCUACUCAGAAGUUCCACUCUUUCUUCAGCAUUCCGCAUACAAAUGGAGCUGGCAUGGACAGGGUAACGAGAGCUCCCGGAUCGUUUUAAGAGUAGAAAUCUUUUGCUCAAACAUAGACAGACUUAAAGACUCGGUAGAGUGAAAAACAUUUUUCGCACGAUGAAGUUUAAGUUCAAUGUAAAGAUGCCAACUUCCUAAAGCUGAGUAAAUAAAUCUCUUCCGUUUGUGAGAGAUGAUCCUUGAAACACCUGCAUGCCUAUCACCACGUGGUAUGCUUACGUCUUCUGAUCCAAUGGAGAAGCGAGAGAUUAAUAAGGCGCCGACAGGUGUUCUCAAGUGUCGAUCUUUAAAGGAUAUUAUCUGGCAAACGGAAAUGAAUAGGUGUAAGCUUUCUCUUUAGUACCUUGUAAUCAAUUCCUAUCCAGAUAUAUGGGUAAAAAGCCCCGUGCUGGGUUAUAAAGUUUGACAAGUACGUUUGAUGACCUGGCUGACUUUCAUAUUCCGACUGUUAGUCCAUCGUGGUGCCUAAAUACGUGCUGAUGACACUUAUGAAUCCAGCACGUGUGCAGUUAUUUUCUCUUACAAAAGUACUUGAGCAAAUCAUGACAGUUGAGGGUUUUUUUAAAUUUCUUUUUAUAUUUUUUUAAGUUUUUUUUGGGGGGAGUUUUGUUUUGUUUUGUUUUCAAACUUAUACAGCCUUUUAUUAAGAGUUUACAUAUCAUGCCAACGGUGCCUUUUUACUUGUUUAGUAAUCAUACAAAGCUCACAGGGCAUUCUUUCUCAUAUCAUAUGUAUAUAUAUUUUAUCUUGCGACGGAACGACCCGUGAACGUUUCCCGUUAUGCCGACUACAAAGGGAAAGAGCAAGAUUACUAAAGGGACCAGCUCUCUGUCACUUGCACCAGAAAUAGUUGUGAAAUCUGUCAGAAAAUAUCUCAUUUCCUGUCAGAAGGUAGCAAGUAAUUUUAAGUUGGUUGUAUACAGCAGGCACCCUCAACCUUCUCUGUUUUGUUUGUUUGUUUGUUUUUGUAUGUUGGUUUAUUUAUCCUUUUGCUUGAUAUUUUAUGGAGUAAAAAUUUUGGUCUUAUAUUAAGUUCCUACAACGUCGAAGACAACAUCCCAAUCAACAAGCAGUGGCUGAUUCUGGAGAUUUUGUCCCUCGCUCUCGUCACUACAGUUACACUCUUCCCCGAUCGCAGCUCAGGGCUUAGCAAGUUGAUUCCUACUCAUGCUACACAUUUGCAAGAAAUACUUUGUUUUGGAACAGCGAGACAUUAAAACUGAAGAGAGAUCUACAGGCCAUUCAAAGGAAACUGAAUAUGCUGUUUAUUAUUUUUAAAUAUAUUGUCGAUAUUACCGUCAGUUCUAUUAUCACACAUAUUUGUACAUUAUAAAUAGCUAGUACGAAAUGCCCUAUAUGAUUUUUUUCCUUUUCCAUAUUUUGAUUCCGUACUCAGCUUUGGUGAUUUUAUCUAUUAAUUUUAUUGCCUUUUUUUGUUGUUGCAUUAUUGCCUUUUGUUGUUUUUAGUAGACAUAUAACAUCGAGGUACACAAAGAACAAAUGGCAGAAUUGUUGACUUUUAAAAAUUCGUAAAAGUAGUUUAUUUGUAGUAAAAGUUGUCGCCUAGAAUAUCAGUGUCCAUUUCUAUCCUUUCCUUUGCUUACCAGGUUUUGCAGUCAAUACAGUGCGCUUAAUUUUCAUUUUAUAUUUUUAUGAUAUACUUUAAAACUGUCUUUUAUUCUGCUUCUGUUUUUUGUGAGCCUUGAAGGAAUCGCCCAGCAAAACCCCUAUGUCCAUGUUGGUAUCGUACGGGACUGCUUAUCUCUUGUAAGCGGACGUAGAGUGGGUCAAGAUUCUUCAUAUUUUUCGAUUUUAAGUUUGUUUGCGAGUUUAAUUUACAGCUAAGUUUAGAUGCAUUACUCAGAGUGUUGGAACAGUCUUAUACCUCGUUAUGCAAUCUCUCGAACUGUCCUUUUCUCUCUUUUUUAGCUAUGCCUCCUGGGGCGUUCCUAGAAUGUUACUUUAUGAGAUGGCAACAUUCAAAGACAACUUUAUGUGGAACACUUUUUGUAGCAACAGAAGGGAUGGCGUACUGUGGGUAGUAAAAAAUAACGGCAUGCUUCUCAUUUAGUGUGGUAGGAAUGCUUUUCAUAAUGGGUGAAGCAUUUUAUAUAUAUACGCAGCUCAUAAAAAUUUAUUUCAUAUGUAGAUUUUUAAACUUAAAAUGAAUCAUACGCUUAUUGUAUGUUUCAAUAUGAAUGGUGUGCAAAGCCA